AUGGCCAUCAUUUCCGAUGAGCACUCCGAGUCGCUUCUGGUUUUGGACCUGUUGGCCUCGCCGAGACGCGUGCGAGUGCUACAAGGCAUCGGCAUGCUCCAAGAUCCCAAGGACCUCCUCCUGGCGCCCAAUGGCACACUCUUUGUGGCAGAUCACAUGCAGCAUAGCAUCUUCGCCAUGGAGUUGGUAUGCUCGGAGGCAACAUCUGUUUACUCAGGCGGCUGCAUCGCGCAAGACGUGCGGCGCAUCGUGGGCAGUGGCGAGGGGCCUGGCGAUGGCGACACCGAACGCCGGCUGCCUCAAACGUCUACGCGCACGACUACGUGGACCAGCACGAGCACCUAUACUUCAACACUAUCGGAACUGGCCUGCUGGAAUCACCUCCUGGGCCCGCCGGGGGCCGACUGCAACGAGACUUGCGCCCGAUACGAGGGUGUUUGCGAUCCCAACGUGGCCGACGGAUUCACUUUUGAAAGUUUCCAGAGCUCCGUCUUGGCAGAAGAGCGCGUUCUCUGCCAGCGCGACAGCCGAACUUGGUUUGGUGACGCCUUGCCGGGCUUCGAGACCAACCGAGAAUCGAGAAACUUUGGCUGGUGCCUAGGUACGUAUGGCAUGCCGGCUCGGAUCUCCUGCACGGCUUUGUUCAUGGAGUACGGCCGGGCUUCCACCACUUUGCGCCGGUGGUGCCGCUGCAGCCGGGAGUCAAUGUGCUACAUGACAACCACCACGACUAUGCUCCAAGCUUACGUCCCUACCUCCACGACCACGCGAACCUGGACAGGGGAAAGCACCACCAUCACAAGAUUCUCUACCACCACGUGGACCAGUACAGUCACGGCAACAACCUUGCCACCAACGACGUCUCCAUCUCCAUAUGUCCAGCAAUGUCCCGAGGGCUACGAUCCUAUGCCCUCUCCCUUGCCACUGGCGUCUCCGAUCCCUCAGCAGUCGGCCAGGGCUUGCGCUGUCCACUGCGAGGUGUCCUCCGGCUGUGGAGCCUUUGCAUUCGAUGCCACCACGGGGCUCUGUGGCAUCGCGAGUGCACCCGAGGGCGAUGGAUCCUGGCCUGUGUCAACAGACCCUGGGUCGAUCCAUUACACGUCUUGCAGCCGUGAUCCUGCGCAGCUGGACCUACUCUUGCAGCUGCUUCUUGUGGAUUGGCUUCCCGCCCACGCACCAUUGGCCGAGCCCGGCGCAAUGGCUUUGGACAGCACCCGGCAGCUCCUUUACUUUUGCGACGCUGGCAACAACAAGAUCAAGGUCUUGGACAUAAAUCGGAACGAAGUGCUGACUGCAGCGGGGGUGGGCGAGUCCUUUACCAAGUUCAGCGGGGACGGCCAACCGGCCAGGGAUGCAACGAUGAGCCAUCCGAGAGGUUUGGCUUUGGAUGAGGCAAAUGCCCACCUCUACGUCACCGACUCGGAGAAUCAUGUGAUCCGCCGAAUCAAGCUUGGAUCCAACAGGCUCACAGGUAUCAUUGAGUCUGUAGCUGGCACGGGCGUUGGCGGCCUGGGACAAGACGGCCUGGAUCCGCUCCUGUCUCGUUUCAACUACCCGUGGGGGCUCGCCUUGGAGCCCGUCGCAGGCUCUGUGAAGCUCUAUGUGGGAGAUAACGCCAAUCACCAGGUGUCCCUGGUUGAUUUAGCUUCCAUCCCGCCGGUGGUGACGAAGAUUGCUGGAUUGAGAGAAGCUGGUGCUGUUCCCAGCGAGGUGGGCGAUGGUGGCCCAGGAUUACAGGCUCAAGUUCUCCGGCCCCAGGCCCUGGCCCUUGCCGGACGAGUGCUCCUCUUUGCCGAACCUGAGCGCGAGCGUUUGCGACAGCUACAUUUGGACACCGACGUUAUCGAUACCGCCUUGGAAACAUAUGCUGUGAACUUCUCCAUCGGCGAGGGUCUUGCUGGCAUCGUGCCUUUGGACUACGACGCUGGGUUCUCGCUGCCCACGGGUGUCGCUGUCCAAGGAGAUGUUCUCUACACGGCCUCGUACGGCACAGGUCAAGUUCGGCAGACCAACCUCACAUCGGGCCUCACCACGGACUUUGCUGGCAGGCGGAACGAAGGUUUCCUCGUCGCUUCACCAGGUGCUGGGGACGGUGGAGCGGCGGUCUUUUCGGUCCUGGCUGGACCGGUGGCCAUGGUCGCGGCCGGGGAGGUGAGCUACAUCGCCGAGAGUGACACGGGUCGUAUCCGAGAGGUCAACAUGUCAACAGGUGUCAUCCGCACGCUGCCGCAGUCCGUGCCAUCGGCAGGGCAAAGCCUUUCGCUCUACGGUCUGACGUUGGAUGCCUCCCGGCAGAUCCUGUAUGCAUCUUCGCCGUCCGAAUACGUCAUCUACCGGUACCACCUUGAGAUUGGCCCCUGCGCAGCCCCGCAAAAUGUAGCCAAUGCGGCCUCACCUUCAUGCUCCGAGGGUGAGGAGGUAAACCUGGACCAUUGCACUCCGGUCUGUGCAGCCGGCUUUGUCCCUACUUUUUCGACUCUGCAUUGCGCCGACGGUGUGCUUACGCCACCUCGUUUCAGCUGCCAACCAGCGCCGUGUCGUGCGCCAUGGGGCGUGGAACAUGCCGCACAGCCGCCCUGCGCGGAGGGCCUUCUGGUCGCCUCAGGGUCAAGUUGCACCUCUUCGUGUGCGGGAUCAUACGAGCCAGAUGCGAAUCUCACCUGCCUGGAAGGGGUGCUGCAGCCAUCAAGCUUCCAAUGCAGCCUUCCACAGACCACGACGACAGUUACCGGCAGUGGCGCAGUUGUCGUGCAGGCAAACGCCAGCUCAAGUGGAUCUUCGGCUAGCGAAGUGGACCGCGGCACGUCCACCGAGGUGGAUGUCGUCGAAUUUCAGCCAGAAGGUCUUUUCAGUCCCAAUGUUGUGUACGACCCCGCGACUGCGCCACGGGGCGAGGUGCCACUGAAUGGCACGUUUGCCUUCGAGGCAGCCACGGCCGGGCUGCAGCUGAACGAGGUGUCGCUUCUGGCCGGCUCAGAGGCCUUGCGGCGCCCUUUGCGCAUUGCGUUGGCAGAGACCUUGGCACUGCUUUUGGACGACGUGCAGCUGCUGGCUGUCUCUGCCUCGCUGCCCAUGGAAGGAGGUCGGCGACUGUCAGCUUCUCCUUCGCAUCGCUUCUUGGUCGCCUUCUCUGUGCCCCGGCCCCCUCAGUGGGCCCAAGGUCGGUCCGAGGCGCUCCGCUUGGGCACUGACGAUGCACGAGAGGCGUGGACUACGUCACUGGAGAGUGUUCAUUUCAUCCAGGCAAUGGGGGAAGUGUCGCAGAACCGGGAUCGACCUUGUGCUUUGCCAACACCACCGAUGGACUCGCCGCUGGUCGCAUGCGAGGAGGGUCAGCUCUCAACGCCUUCACUUGGUCGCUGCCGCACCCGCUGCCUUUCGCCAAAGCUUCCACUACCAGAGCAGCUGACCUGCUUCGCCGGCUUCUGGAGCCCUUCGGACUUCAACUGCAUUGCCGCCGAGGUGCAGGAAGAAGUCACCUGCUCCGUGCCUGCAGGCAUUUCAGAGGCGAACAACCCUCCAUGCCAAGGCUUCGAAGAGACGCUGCCUCCUGGGGCGGCAUGCGCUCCCAGGUGCAGAAGCGGGCACGUUCCAACGGAAGCCGUCCUCGCGUGCGUUGGUGGUUCGCUCCAGCCACCAAACUUCGCGUGCGUGAAGCCGGAGUGCCCAGUCCCUGUCGACAUCCCACAAGCUUCCGAAAACGGCAGCUGUAAGGAGAACUAUACGGACGAUUUGAUUCCGGGCGGCAGGCGUUGCACAGCAGCAUGUACUGAAGGCUUUCGAGCCACUGCGAACCUAACGUGUUUGCUUGGCCGGCUGCUCCCCUCGCGAUUCGCCUGUGUGGAUGCCUCCAUCGUCGACUCGGGUGGGGAUGCUGCCGACGAUUUCUGGGGAUCAGCAGGUGGCGGUGCGACCUUGGCGCCCACGACGGCGCCUGCCACCACGGUCUCAGAGCGUCCAGUCGUCACAGAGGCACCCUCGGAGUCCGGCGUGCUUGAGACCAUACUGAGCAUCGUGGAGAGCGAGCUGUUCGUUAUCAUUGCUGCGGCCAGUGGGGGAGCCUGUGGGGUUUGUUGCCUCAUCGCCGGAGUUCUCCUGCUGCUACGCCGAAGACGGCGUCGGAAGGCAUCCACCGACAAGGUGCAGAGCUCCUGGGAAGAAGUCUCCGAGUUGGCCCACAGCUUUCGCGAACAUGAGUCGCCGGACUCGGCGCGUUCGACGGGCUCCCGUCAGUCGCGGCGCUUGAAGAAGGCCACCUCUGACAGGAGCCUCGAGGCAGAGAGCCAGGCGACAUCCAUCGUGGACGACCAGGUUGCCGCUGACGAAUUGAGCAUGGACGGCUUGGAAGGCCCGGAUGAGGUCAAGGAAGUCUUGCGCUUGAUUUCCCGCCCGGAGCACGAGGGAGUGGCGCCUCCUCUGUCCAAGGAGGAAGAUGAAGAGGAGGGGGGCGAGGGCAACGCAGCUGAGGGGGACAUCAAGCUGAUAGCGGAGCCUCCUCCUGAGCCGACAGAGGAGCCGGAGUUGAUUCGGAUCGCCCAGGAGGCUGCGCGCGAGGCAGAGAAAGAGCAAACUCCGGCAGACUUGCUCCACUUUGCGAAGCGGAUCGCCUCGGAGGAGCAGGCAAGUUCGGCACGCCUGGUUAGCGCGAAGCGAGACGCCCGCUUCGAUGCUAUGGACCGUGAGCUGGGCGAGGCUGCCGCAGAGGCGGCCACGGCGUCACCCUUCCGUCGCAAAGGCAGUUCCUCCAUCCGGCAGAAGCCUUCUGCAAAAGCCACGGCGUGA